GACUAAGCUACCAAAAUGUCUGAGACAACGUUCACCAACAUGGGGCUGGAUGAUGGAAUUGAUAGGAGUUUCUCAUCAUCGGCUGAGUGUAUAAAACUCCAAGAGUUUCUGGCAGCCACUGCUCCUCAGAACUCUAUCUCAGCCAUGGCUGUGGGUAAACUGAUCGGUGUGCUGGUUCUGCUCCAAUGCUCUGCAGGUAUAAUGGGAGCUGGACUGAGGAGCUCCAUCAUUGGUGGGGAGAAUGCCCCAAAGGGAAAGUGGCCAUGGUUGGUCUACCUUAACAUCAAGACAGACAAUGGGUUAAGAAAGUGGCACUGCAGUGGCACAAUUAUCAAUAACAACUGGGUGCUGACUGCUGGGCGCUGCUGGGAUGAUGAAUUGUGGUCCAGAUGGGAUCGAACAGGAGUGUGGGUUGGAACAUAUGAGCUGGAAAUGCCAUCUGAACGUUACAUGCAUGUAAAAAACGUUAUCCGUCCAAAUGACUUCAGUGCUGUAGGCAAUGGCUACGUCAAUGACAUUGCACUGAUACAGUUGAGUAAAACUAUAAGAUUCUCUAAGAAUGUUGCUGCAGUGAGAUUGCCCAAGGAAGAGGACACCUUUGAUUCAUCCUCCGAGUGUUGGGUCACAGGCUGGGGUGACGUUGGCAAAGACCCACUGUCAGCUCCAGGAAUUCUUCAGCAGGUAAAGAUUUCAAUCUUGCCUCCAGCAGAUUGUACAGGGACAUAUCCGGAUAUAGUGCAAUCCAAUAACAACGUUAAGAUGGUGUGUGCAGGUGACCCUGCUGGGGGAAAGGACGCCUGCAAUGGCGACUAUGGUGACCCACUCAUGUGUAAUACAGCCAGAGGCUAUGUGCAGGUGGGAAUCAUGAGUUUUGGGAGUCCUGAUGGUUGUGGCAUCCGAGGCCGUCCUAGCAUCUAUACUCAAGUUUCCAGUUACAUGGGUUACAUCAAUGCCUACACCCAUCUUGGUCCUGAAGAAUCAGCUGAAGCCUGAUAUUCCAAGAAGCCAAAGAAGAAUAAUUCGAAGCCUUUUUUAAUCAGUGGAGUUUCUGCCUCACUCUAAAACCUGCCUUUCUAGCUUAUCUCCUCACUCCAAUUAACCCUAGCUGCUCAUUCACUAUGUGUCAAAUAAUACAUCACAUUGCAUUAAAGCUUUGAAGCAUCA